UUUGUUGAACAUAUAAACCCGACCCGAUUACUGAUAUGUGGAUCAUUCGAUUAGCUUAGUUUAGGAAGGAGGAAGUAGAAAACACCGCCAUUAACGGGCUCGGUGGGUGCUCCAAUCUUCAUCACCAUCGUUAGGUUGGUUGAUCCGAUUUGAUUAGAGUUUUCAGAAAUUCGAAAGAUGGAGUCGGUCCUUGUUGUGGGGAUUGCAUCUGUUGUCCUGGGUGCGUUGAUCGCCGUGCUCUUCUUCGGUAGGUACUUCCGGAAGCGGACAUCGGAGGUGCAAUCCAUGGCCAAAGCGGAUCCGAUCCGGGAUACCAAAUCGAUUCAUCCUGAUCCCAAGAAGAAUCAUCCCAAAACUCACGCCUCCGACAAGACUCAGAACAAACGGCAUCAUCCUUUAGACUUGAACACGUUGAAAGGCCAUGGUGAUGCUGUUACUGGACUCUGUUUCUCUUCCGAUGCAAGGAGCUUGGCCACAGCUUGCGCUGAUGGAGUGAUCAGGGUGUUCAAGCUAGAUGAUGCCUCUAGCAAAAGCUUCAAAUUUCUAAGGAUAAAUCUUCCUGCGGGAGGGCAUCCAACUGCUGUGGCAUUUGCUGAUGAUGCCUCAUCUAUUGUUGUGUCUUGUCAUACUAUGUCUGGUUCAUCUUUGUACAUGUACGGUGAAGAAAAGCAAAAGGAUCAGCAAGGGAAGCUUCCUCUUCCUGGGAUCAAAUGGGACCACCAUCAUAUUCAUGACCAGAGAGCAGUCCUUACCAUCUCUGGAGCAACUGCAACUUACGGUACUGCUGAUGGAAGUGCUGUCAUUGCCACUUGUUCCGAAGGAACUGAUAUCAUACUUUGGCAUGGGAAAACUGGGAGGAAUUUGGGACAUGUAGAUACAAACCAGUUGAAGAACCACAUGGCAGCAGUAUCGCCAAAUGGACGUUUUUUGGCAGCUGCAGCGUUUACUGCAGAUGUGAAGGUGUGGGAAAUUGUUUAUCAGAAAGAUGGUUCUGUAAAGGAGGUUUCAAGAGUUAUGCAACUUAAAGGCCACAAGAGUGCAGUGACUUGGUUAUGCUUUUCCCCAAACUCGGAGAAAAUCAUCACCGCUUCAAAAGAUGGUUCAAUAAGAGUCUGGAACAUCAAUGUCCGCUAUCAUCUUGAUGAGGAUCCAAAGACUUUGAAGGUGUUCCCGAUUCCACUCUGCGACUCAGGAGGCAAUCCAUUGCACUAUGAUCGUCUCAGCUUAUGCCCGGAGGGAAAGAUAUUGGCAGCAACCCAUGGUUCCACAUUGCAGUGGUUAUGUGCCGAAACUGGGAAUGUCUUGGACACAGCUGAGAAAGCCCACGAAGGGGAAAUCACAUGCAUAUCUUGGGCACCCAAGGCUAUCACAGUUGGGGAGAGAAAGGCCAUGGUAUUAGCGACAUCAGGCGAUGACAAAAAAGUGAAGCUGUGGGAAGCACCAAAGUCGCAAUCUUUGUAAAGUUGCAUACACAUAGUCCCUUAAUCACAUGAGGAAUAGUUAAACGGCGUAUAAAACUUGCGAGAAAACUCUUAAAAGGUUUUUGUUUGGAGUCCUCAAGUGUCUUUCAACUUUUGAAUUUUGUUAUAAUUCCGAUCAUCUAUUUCAAAAAAAAAAAAAAGAAAAAAAAAGAGAAGAAAACGAGUAGGAAUGGCUUUGUAAUUUGAGAAGAGAGUUUUCAUCUUUU